AUGAGUUUUGGUUGGGAACAGCAUUACGGUAGAGACCCACCAGAAAACUUUCCGCCUAUGAAUCCCUCACCACAUCGAGAGUAUUUUCCACCGUUCUCAGAAAACCAAUAUAACAACCAUCGUAAUGUAUAUAAUAGAUAUCAGGAUGAAAGAGAGACUGAUUGGAUAAGAGAAAGAAGUCCUCUUCCUUCUUACUCAAGAGAGAGAGAACAUGAAAGAGAUAAUAGACAUCGUGAUAAUAGAGAACGUAAUAACUCAUAUCGUGGAAACAACAUAUCACCACAAGAUGGGGAUUUUGAUAAUAGAAACUAUAUAAAAGUUUCGGAGGCAAGUAAUAAAGAUAACAAUAUUAUUAUUUCUGAUAAUGAAUUUCCAGGUUUUAAGAAUAAUGAUGAGUUAAGUAACAUAAAUCAUUUUCGAAAAGCAAAUGAAAAUCCAAAAGGUGGUUGGACAGGUUGGCGAAGUAUUGAAUCUGGUUUUUGUACAUUACCAAACAAAUAUCAAGAAAAUAACGAAUCAUUAUUAUUAUCUCAAAAUGGUGAUUUUGGUUGUGGUAAUAGUGCUGCUGCUAAUUUAUCGGGAAAUAUAAUAGACCAAUCCCAAGAUAUGGAAAUUAGCUCUGGUGGAACUGAUAUGCAACAGCAAUUGUCUUCUCAAAUAAUAGAUAAUCAAAAAACAACAACAGUAAGAAUUAAGACAGUUAGUUCUGAUCAAUUUAAAUUAAUCAAAGAAUAUGUUGAAACAAGCGAAAGGCUUAAUGCCAAUUAUGACGAUGAAAAUAAAAUCAUUACAAUUGAUGAAAAUAAAGAACCAAAAGAAUCAUCAUCAACUUUAUUUUUACCAAUAGUUAAUAAAGUCCCAUCAUUAUUAUCAUCUAUGCAAUUAAAAGAACAUACAUUUGAAAAUAAUUCUAUUGGCACACAACUUGAAUGUGUGGAGGAUGAACUUGAUUAUUAUCAAAAUCUUUUGAGUGAAAUUCAAAAGCAAUGUGAAGAAAAAAUGAGAUUAAAUAGUGAUAAUCAAAAAAUAGAUAAAAAUUUGGAAAUUAUUCAACAAAAUGUUACCAAAUCACAAAUGGAAAAAAAAUCCUCUCAAACAUCCAAUGAUGAGCUACAAUUAUGGGAAAAUAUUUAUGCUCAAAAUAAAGAAUUUUUAAGGGAAAGAGCCAAUUCUAGAUUUUCCGAUAAUUUGUUGCUAGGGCCUAUGAAAUUGUAUAAUGAUAUAAAUGAUUAUCCAUUUUUUCAACAAAACACUGAUAAACAUAAUCGAUUAAAAAUAUUUUAUAUUUCAAAUUGCUCAAUAGAAGAUAAAUCAAAAGAAACAGGCUUACAGCAAGAAUGGAAGAUGCUCUUUCAAACUUGGAAACAGAAUGCUCAAAAUUCAGUUAACUCCAAAGGAAAAUUAAAACAAGAUGACGAUAGUGGGUCAACAGUUGGGUUUGCAGCAAGAUGGCCAGUCAGACUUAACAGAGGAAAACGUAGAACUGAUGUUGUUAGAUCUGAUGCAGAAAUGCAAGAUAUAUUAAAUCAAUUUGCUGAAGCAGAACGUAUAGCUAAAACAUGGGCAAAAAUACCACAAAUGAUAUUAGGUGAAAAAAGAAGAGAAUAUUCAUGUAUUAUUGAUAAUAAUUCAUUUGUUUUAGAUCCUAUCUCAUUUUAUGAAAUCAAUGUUGAUUUUAAUGUUAAUUGGACAAAUCAAGAAAAAGAAACUUUCUAUGAACAAUUUAAAUUAUAUCCAAAAAAUUUUGGGAAAAUUGUGGCAGCAAUUGAAAAUAAGUCAUUUAAAAAUUGUGUUUUAUAUUAUUAUCAGAACAAAAAAGCAUUAAAUUUAAAAGAAUUAAUUCCAAAAAAUGGUCGAGCAGCAUGCGUUCUUACAAUGAUGUCAUUGGAGAAUGGGCAAGUUAUUCUUUCAAAACCUUCGCAGCAACAGCAUCAUGAAGUAGUAGUAUUACCUAAUGAUAAUAAUACAUCAAAAGGAAAAAUCAGACCAAAACAAAAUGAAAUUAUGGACAGCAGUGGUGGUGACAAGGAUGAUGGUGAUGAUGGUUCAGGUAAAAAAACAACCACAGGAGAUCGUACUACUACAGGCUCACAUCACAAAAAGAUAUCAUCUUACUGGAAUAAAAAAGAAAUCAAUCAAUUUGAACAAUCAUUGAAUCUGUAUGGAAGAGAUUUUAAAAGAAUUUCUGAAUUUAUCAAAACCAAAUCUGAAGUUCAGGUUAAGAAUUAUUAUGAAAAACAAAUAAAUAAUAAUACUAGUUAUAUUAGACAUAAUUUAGAUAAUAAUAACACUCAUAAUAAUUCAACAGCAAAUAAUGAUAUUAUAAAAAAUACAUUUUCUGAAAAAUCAAAUCAAAACACUAAUAUAAUGCAAAAGAAAUCGAUAAUGAAAAUAUCCUCAACUCCGCCUAUUGCUACCAAAGUAUCAUCAGUUCAACCUGCAACAAAAAAUUCUGUGGCAUUUGUGUUGAAUGAAACUGAUGAACCCAUAUCACGUUAUGGCCAUAGUAACAGUAGUAAUGGUGAUGAUGAAAGAAUAAAUAUAAAUGAUAAUGAUAACAUUAACAAAAACAAUAAUGAAAAUCCUUAUAUUUUACAACAACAACUACAAAAAAAUACAAAUUUGCAUAGUAGUACUUCAACAUCAAAUGAAGGGAACAAGCAAAACAUUCUUUCACCAAUUUCAUCAUUAACUACACAAUUACAACAAUACAUGACUUCAGAAAUGGCUAGAAAACAAAAAGAUGUGGUUGCACAAAUGACUGCGCAAAGAAGACAACAGCAAACAUUUUUUCCAUCAAUAUCUAAUAUUAUUAUGCCUAGUACAUCAAAUCAACAACCUCAAAACAUUUUUCUGCAAGUUCGUCCGCAGCAUGUUUGGAUUGACCAAUCUUCACGAAUGCCUUAUUUCAUGCCACCUCAACAAGCCCAUCAACAAAAACAGGCUCAAGCCAAUCAGCAAUCUCAUCAACAAAUGAAUCAACUAAUACAUCAAAAUUUGCUGCAACCUCUUCAACAACAACAUGAAACACCAUCACCAACACUUCCUCAACCGACAUCAAGUAACCAACGUCAUUUUCUUCAGCAACAGCAACAAUUUCAUAACCAUCACCCACAGCAACAGCCACCAUCGCAACCAUCAUCAUCAUCUUCACAACAACAACAAAACAAGUAUCAUAAGUAUUAUCCAUCUAAAUUGUAUGGAGAUGAUCAAAAUCAGUGCGAUCGAUAA